GGCCCGAAUAUAAAUUGCUUCUUUUGUCUCUUCCAACGAAUCCUUUCAGUAGAUUGAAUCCUCACUCCCAAUUAUCCAUCGUUUUCAACAUGGCCCUCACCAACACAACCGCCAUGAACGCCACAAUGCGCGCCGUCGUCUGGCAAGGAAACCCCUACAGCAUCGGCGUCGUCGAUCUCCCCAAACCAACCAUAAUCAACCAAACCGACGCCAUCGUCCAGGUAUCACGAGCAGCUAUUUGCGGCUCUGAUCUGCACAUCUACCGGGGGACGAACGAAGGGAUGCCGGCUCCAUUCGGUCUUGGCCAUGAGGGAGUUGGAUAUGUAUCUGAGGUUGGAUCUGGGGUUAGCUCGCUUAAUGUUGGAGACCCGGUCAUUGUUCCAUUUACUGUUGAUGAGGGCCAUUUGCAUACUGGUCUUACAACGCAGAUGUAUGGUGGUUAUGGGAAUGGGGGUGAUAUGGGUGGGACGCAGGUCCCUUCUCUCGAGUACACCAACACAACCACAAACGAGUCGGUCUCCCUACUCAACGAUUAUGUCAUGCUUUCCGACAUCUUCGCCACCGGCUGGACCUCCCUCGACUAUUCCGGCUUCCAAGCUGGCGACACAGUUGCAGUCUUUGGCGCCGGUCCCGUCGGCCUGAUGGCCGCAUACUCAGCCAUCCUGCGCGGUGCCUCAACCGUCUACAGCGUCGACUAUGUCCCCGACCGCCUGCAACUCGCCGAAUCCAUAGGAGCAACCUCCAUAAACUUCCGAGACGCAGACCCCGUGCAACAAAUUCUAGCACUCGAGCCGAAUGGUGUGACCCGCAGCGUCGAUGCAGUCGGAUACGAGCAAGUCAACCGAAACCUAACCGUUCAAUCAGAUGUCAUUAUCCGGAACAUGCUAGCCGUGACGUCUACCGGAGGCGGUCUGGGUACAGUGGGUGUUUAUAAUCGUGAAUCGAACAGUACGGCGACGGCCCCGCGUGCUUCCAUUGUGAAUACUCAUGUGGACUUUUCGCUCGCGGACUUCUUUUUUGGGGAAUUCACUUGGGGCGCUGGGCCUUCGGAUCCAAUUGAUCUUGCUCCGGAGCUUGUGCGUCUUGUUGCGUCCGGGAAGGCGAGGCCAGGGUUCAUUGUCAGCGAUGUUAUCAAUAUUGAGGAUGCGCCGGAUGCUUAUGCUAGGUUUGAGAGGCAUGAUGCUACGAAGGUUGUGAUUGCAUUUGACCAGUAGACAGAAUCGUCAUUGGAAGGUGACUAGAUUGAUACAUAUUUCGGGAGUUGUUUGGUGCAUCGGGAGCUCAUAGUGCAAAUAACAUCAAAUGUAAUGUUCGUUUGCCGCAUUUUUACUUUUCAGAAGCAAGCAUCGAAAACUAUGAUACUCAGGACGCACCAGCCAAAGUCGACAAAGCAGUCCCAAUACCCAACCGAUGCUCCCCACGUGCACCUUCGCCAACAGCCCCAUGAGGCAACUGAGGUCUCUCACCAGCUGCCCCAGGGAAGUGAUGAGUGCCCUGAUCCCCGCCAGCAC